GAAAAAAAAAAAAUGAAGGGGUCACGAGAUGCGCAUGAGCCCAGCCACAUGCUAUCGUUUCUUCCUCUCCGUCUCUCUAUCUCUGGUGACUGACUGAUGUACUCUGCCGGAGACCCAAAAUCAGAAGAACAUUCCCACACCGUCGACCCCCACAACACAAACCUAUCAUUUUUCUUCCAAAAACUCGCACAAAUUGUUCAUCCUCGCCCCCAAUCUAAGCCCCUUUUUUCUUUCCUAAAUUUCCCAAUUUGUUUUUCCUUCUUCUCCCCUGUGAUUUCUCAUCGAUUUCUCAUCUGGGUACCCCCAAAGAACAAGGCCCUUCCUCUGCCCCUAAUAACGCCAAUAACACCAACAAAGAUGCCAAAGCUGUUGAUAAAGCAAGCGUGAUAAGAUCAAAACAUUCGGUGACUGAGCAGCGAAGAAGAAGCAAGAUAAAUGAGAGAUUUCAGAUAUUGAGGGAUCUCAUACCUCAUAGUGAUCAAAAGAGGGACACAGCAUCAUUCUUACUGGAGGUGAUUGAGUAUGUUCAGUACUUACAGGAGAAGGUACAAAAGUAUGAAGGCUCAUAUCAAGGUUGGGGUCAUGAACCCUCAAAGUUGAUGCCAUGGAGAAAUAGCCAUUGGCGUGUGCAAAGCUUUGUUGGGCAACCUCAAGCCAUAAAGAAUGGUUCAGGUCCGGUGUCACCUUUUCCUGGAAAGUUUGACGAAAGCAACAUUAGUAUCUCUCCAACUAUGCUUAGCGGCAACCAGAAUAUGAUAGACACCGAUCAGGGUAGGGAUAUUGUCAGCAAAGCAUCCGAAGGACAAACUGAUUUAGCUAGCAAGGGAAUAGCUCUGCCCUUGGGUAUGCACCCAAACAUGUCUGUUCCUGUCAGAAGCGAUGGUGUACUUUCACAUCCUCUACAGGGAUCUGUUUCAGAAGCGCAGUCAACUGAGUGCCCUGCCGCUAGUGAACCACUGAGCCAACAGGACGAGCUGACUAUUGAAGGAGGGACAAUCAGCAUUUCUAGUGUGUACUCCCAAGGGUUGUUGAACAAUCUGACUCAGGCACUACAGAGUGCUGGUUUAGAUCUAUCACAGGCCAGCAUUUCGGUUCAGAUUAAUCUUGGAAAACGAGCAAACAAUGGACCAAGCUGUGGGACCUCUUCUCCCAAGAAUCACGACAUGGUUCCUUCCAGCAACCAAGCUUUUGCACAGUUUAGAGAUGCAGGCAGUGAAGACUCGGACCAAGCUCAGAAACGUCUGAAAACAUUCAAGUGAUUUCUCCAGGCUUUUCGGCAACUCCUGCAGGGGUCAUCCAGAAUCUGCACUGGUUCCCAACGUGGUAUAUCCUUCUGUUAAUGUACAUCCUUGGCCAGUUUCUAAUUCACUUACGAAGGAGGUCAUUUUGGAAACAAAAACCUAAGAACGCAAAUGUUAUUGUGGGAAUAUUGUUGAGAUGACUUAUGUGACUGGACAUGUCAUAUGCCAUAUCUUGUAUUUUGUUUGUAUGGUACAUAUUAUAAUUAUAGUUAGUGUUAUGUAGCUUUUGGGUUGGUAAAAUUGUGUUAAAUACUUCCAUUUCUUUGGUGUAUGUAUCCUAUUCCUAGGCAGCAAAAGUACUCAACAUUAGUUUGAUGUUGAGGAAUUAUCUUGAGA